CAGCAUUUCUGAACUGGUGCAGUGCAAAGGCUUGCUCACUGAGGGUGUGCAGAACAAGGGGGACUUAAGAUUUACUUACAAACAGAAAAUCCAUCAAAAAUUUAAAAAGACAAAAAAAUGAGCUACGAUUCCUACAUCUCCCGCCGUCCCUGGGAUGACUACCGGGGGCCCCGAGCUGGGAAGUCUUCCAUUUCUUCCUCCCUAUACUCAACCCACCGUUCCCUCUCCUCCACCAAGAGAUCCGCACGACUCACUUCUUCUUCGCUGGCUGACCCGGCGGAGCGGAUGGACCUGGCCCAGGUCAGCAAUCUCAAUGCCGAGCUACUGGGUCUCCGGGCCACGGAGAAGGAGCAGCUGGUGGGACUGAAUGACCGCUUCGCCACCUACAUCGAGAAGGUCCACCACCUGGAGCAGCAGAACAAGGUGCUGCUGGUGGAGUUAGAGACCCUGAGACAGAGGCAGAGUGAUCCCUCCCGUCUGCAUCUCCUCUACGAGCAGGAGGUGCGGGGCCUCCGUGCCCUGCUGGAUGCCGAGAGCAACGAGAAGAUGCAGAUGGAAGCCGAGCACGAUCACCUGCAGGAUGUCCACAGCCAGCUGAAGGAGAGGUACGAGGAGGAGGUGAGGCUGCGUCUGGACGCUGAGGACACCCUCCAGCGGAUGCGGGAAGAGGCCGGCCGUGCAGUGCUGGCUAACUGUGACAUGGAGGCCAGCGUGCUUUCUCUGGCCGAGGAGAUAGCCUUCCUGAAAAAGGUGUUUGCCGAAGAGCACGCCGAGCUGACUACGCAGAUCCGGGCGGCCAACGUGACGGUGGACAUGGAGGUGGCCAAGCCGGACCUCUCCGCUGCCCUGCGGGAGAUCCGCGCUCAGUAUGAGAAGCUAGCCAACAAGAACAUGCAGGCCGCCGAGGACUGGUACCGCACCAAGUUCGCCAGCGUCGCCGAGAUAGCAAGCAAGAACAACGAGGUGGUCCGUUCCAUCCGGGAGGAGACCUCUGAGUACAGGCGCCUACUCCAGUCCCGAUCCUCGGAGAUCGACGCCCUGCGGAAUGUCAUCGACUCCCUGAAUAAGCAGCUGGAGGACCUGGAGGAGAAGCAGGGCAAGGCGGUGACCAAAUACCAGGAACGUAUUAACGAGCUGGAGAAGGAUAUUGCAGAUGCCAAGCAGGAGAUGGCCCGAUAUCUGAGGGAAUACCAAGAGCUGCUGAACGUAAAGAUGGCCCUGGACAUUGAGAUCGCUGCGUACAGGAAACUUCUGGAAGGUGAGGAGAUCCGACUAAGCUUCACUUCCCUGCCAGCUCUCACCUAGAAGUACCCCCGCUGAAGUCAGACAUGCCCUUGUUGCAAACAAGAGGUCCAUCGCAAACUCCCCCUUCUUCUCCACACACUCUGACUGCUAAUUACGAACAAAGAGGGCGUAACAUAACAAAGAAGGGAAAGUGAGCAGAAGCACUGUGUCAGCCAGGAUGUAAAAUCUAAGUCGGUGUACAAUAUCCUUUUGGUAGAUCCAAACUCCAAGAAUUAGAGCAGUUUUGACACUACCUUAACAGUGGCACAAACAUUUAACCAAUUGUUUGUAAUGGUAGGUCAAAUUAUAGUCAAGGUCAGCAAUGGAUGUUUCAACUUUAUUCAAACUGUAUUUUUAAGUAGUAAGACAGUAGCAGACCUACACAGUUUGAAUUCUGCCAAGAGGAUAUUGACCUGCACCCACUGGUCUUGGUCUAUUGUAUUUUAUUUUUAAUUUUUUUUUAUCAUUUGUUCUCAUAAAUUGCUCACUGCUGAAUUUUUGGGUUGUUUUUCUUCCUUGAUAUUUGCAUUAGUAUUAUGUGAGCUUCACCUAAAGUCAAAUACUUGAUCUGGCUUACUCUCCCAAAGUAAUAAGGUGGAUCUUCUCUACAAAAUCAAAUUUAAAUUUUCCAAAUUGAAAAUUACAAACUAAAAUUGCCUUUUACAAUGAAUAAAUUGUACAUCAGAGAAGCUCAAAAUAUAAGAAAAAUAUCAGGGAGAAUGCUGUAGGCCUCACUGACUGAGGUUUCUUGGCGACUGUAGUUCCAGACUGAAUCUACAGCACAUUUUUUUUGAGCUGCUUAACACAUAUAUGCACUGUAUGGCCAUUUCAUAUGAAUUAAAGUAAGCUGUCCUUAAACAGAAACUAAGAAGAAGAAACUCACAACCAAGCUUUCUAUUGUGCCGAUCUUAGAUCUGACCAAGGAUUUUAAACCUCUGAAUCAAUCAUUUUUAAGCCUGACAUAUGUGUACGUGCCAGCAACUUGCUGAAUAAAUAUAUAAAGGCAUUACUGAGCAA